AUACUGCCCUGAUGGCUGGCUAAUGAAUGAGGACAGGUGUUACUACCUGAGCGAUGUCGAAAAGACUUGGCAGGACGCCAGAAAAUACUGCCAGGAUCAUCAGGCCGAUCUCAUCUCCAUCAAUUCUUGGACUGAGCAGGAUUUUGUCCAUACUAACAUAGACACGGAAAUCCUAAUCGGAUACAGCGAUCAAGUGGACGAAGGUGUGUGGGUUUGGAACGACAAGUCCACAGGUGGAAUCGUUAAUUGGGAUACAGGGGAACCCAAUGGCAAGAACACACAGAACUGUGGCUCUAUGUACGGCACCAACGGCAAAUGGGACGAUUGGUUUUGUGACAAGGCGAGAAACUUCGGCUGUGAAAUGGCCGCAUCUGACACUCCUUUGGAACCCACUGCUACCCCGACGUCCACAGUGCCACCCUAUUCCGAAGCCUGUGGCCCCGGAUGGAUCGAGAACCACCUAACAGGAGAGUGUUACCACAUGUCCCUCGAAGAAAUGGAUCAGUUCUCUGCUCAGGAACACUGCCGAAGGAUGGACGAGUCUGGUGACGCCACGCUCCUGUCUCUCUCGACGAAAGAUGAACAGGUUUACGUUUGGGACUACAUUAGACAUCAGUACUACAGUCAGCAGGCCUUUACAAUCGGUAUGAUGAAUGAAAUCAACCAAGGUAAUUACUGGAUGGAUAAUACACCUGUCAGCUUCUUCAACUGGUACCAUGGAGAGCCUUCUGGUGACGGUACCUGCACAGGUCUCAAUUACAAACCCCCUUCGCCUUCACCACCUCCAGAUCCUAUCUGCCCCUCUGGCUGGACACCCUUCAACAGGCACUGCUAUUACUUUUCAAAUAUCACAGACACCUGGAACGGUGCCAAAUCCUGGUGUGAAUCCAACUUGAACAGUAACUUGGCGUCUGUUGAAAAUGCUGAUGAGAAUGACUUCUUAGCGGACUUUGUCAUUUUUGAUGAUCAGCAACUUUUUAAGGUGUAA